AUGGACAAGCCGAAGACAGAGCCACUCAAGAACCGUGCCGCGGCCUCUAAGAGUCCCUAUGUCUCGGCACAGGCCAACAGCCGCGUCGCCUGGCAGCUGCUAGACGAUGAGGCUGUUUCCAGAGCCAAGGCUGAGAAUAAGAUGGUCUUCUUAAACAUCGGUUAUAGUGCAUGCCAUUACUGCCGCCUAAUGAUGACCGAAGCUUUCGCACACCCCCAGUGUGCUGAGUUGUUGAACUCUUAUUUCAUUCCUGUCAUUGUCGACCGAGAGGAGCGUCCAGACGUCGAUACCAUUUACAUGAACUACGUGCAGGCCGUAAACGGAGCCGGCGGCUGGCCUCUCAACCUCUUCCUCACCCCUGAGCUUGCGCCGGUAUUUGGGGGUACUUAUUGGCCUGGUCCUGGCCCAGGCACGGACUCGGACUCGGGAAGCAUAGAGACUGAAGGCGAGGAUGGCCUGGACUUCCUGAUCAUACUCAAGAAGCUCAGGAAAGUUUGGUUGGAGCAGGAGACAAGGUGCCGUACGGAGGCCAAGGACGUGUUAGCGCAGCUUCGCGAGUUUGCUGCAGAGGGAACCCUUGGUCGCACAAUCGAACACAGGGCAUCGUUCCCCGCCAUCAUGGCCCCGCCAAGCGCUGCUCUCGGUAUGCACGUGGAGGCUGCGUUAGCUGCCUCCUCACAACCUGAUGAUUCGACUGAACUCGAUAUCGAUCAACUUGAGGAGGCUUACAGGCAUAUUGCCGGCACGUUUGACCCCAUAUACGGCGGUUUUGGCAUCGCCCCCAAGUUCCCGACCCCGGCGAAAUUGUUGUUCCUGCUUAAGCUUUCGCAGCUACCCACUGAGGUUCAGGACGUCGUCGGGUCAACCCAGUGCGCUCAUGCUCGCGAGAUGGCACUCUUCACCCUCCGUAAAAUCCGCGACGGCGCAUUGCGCGACCAUGUCGGCGGCCAGGGUCUUGCCCGGUACUCGGUCACGUCCGACUGGAGUAUCCCCCACUUUGAAAAGUUAGUAGUCGACAAUGCGCUUCUACUGUCCGCCUUCCUCGACGCAUGGCUUAGUUCUGGCUUGUCUAAGCAGGAUGAGUUUUUCGAGAUUGUGAUUGAGCUGGCCGAGUACUUAUCGAGCGCGCCGAUUUCCCUGCCCGAAGGAGGGUUUGUGUCCAGCGAAGCUGCCGACUCGUACUAUAGACAGGGAGACACGCAUCUGCGGGAAGGCGCCUACCAGGUUUGGACGAGGAGAGAAUUCGACUCGGUGAUUGGCGAUAGCCACGAUAGCGCCAUCGCUGCGGCGUACUGGAACGUUCUGGAACAUGGAAACGUAGAACCGGAUCAGGACCCCCAUGACGCCUUCAUCAACCGAAACGUCCUCUACAUCGGGAAAGAUGUAACAGAUCUGAGCAAGCAGUUCAAGGUCCCAAUUGAGGAAGUAAAAUCUAUCAUCAAAAGUGCCAAGGCCAAACUUAGCGCGCACCGAGAGAAGCACCGCGUCCGGCCCUUCGUCGAUGACAAAGUUAUCACGUCCUGGAAUGGACUCGUUAUAUCUGCUUUGUCGAGGGCCGCCGCGAGCUUGCAAUACGUCGAGGGCGUAGAUCACGCCAAAUACCUGGAUGCUGCACGGAAGGCGGCCGUCUUGAUCAAGGAAAAGCUUUGGGAUGCUAAGGAGGGCGUUCUCUACCGGGUGUAUCGCGAUGGUAGUAGGGGUGAUACCAAGGGUCUUGCCGAAGACUACGCCUACCUGAUCGAGGGGCUCUUUGACCUUUAUCAGGCCACGCUCGACGACCAGUGGCUGAAGUGGGCGGACGAACUCCAGCAAAUCCAGCUGGUUCUCUUCUACGAUGCCCCGAAAGUGGAUGAAAAUGCCACUACGAUCGACGCCGCAUUGCAAGCAUCCUGCGGAGCAUUCUAUUCGACCGAAGCCGACUCAGCGCAGGCCAUUCUCCGACUCAAGGAUGGCAUGGACACGUCGUUGCCUUCAAUCAAUGCCGUGAGCGCAUCUAAUCUCUUCCGGCUUGGUUCCAUAACCGCCAACGAGACCUAUACAUUGCUUGCGAAGGAGACGGUCAAUGCUUUCGAAGCAGAGAUCCUGCAAUAUCCUUGGCUCUUCCCUGGGCUCCUCACCGGAAUCACCAUAUUACGGCUCGGUGGUCUGAACUUUGUGGUUUUGCGCCAGAACAAGGAGUCUGCUGGUGUCGCCUCGGGCAGUGUUAGUUUUGACGACUUUUUCAAAGCUCUCAAUAGCGCUCCGAGCGGGGGUCUCAAGGCCUUUUCGGUGAUCAGCGGGAAAGAUUCGUGGGUCUUGGAAAAGAAUCCAGCUCUGAAGAAACUGGCGGAGGGCAAGGACGGGAUCUACUGCCUUGAGGGAGAGGAGUUUAGGCCAUUCACGUCCAAAGAUCUAAGUUCCUUCACUCGACAGAGCUGA